CUCCAAAUUCAAACAUCAAACCAAAGAAAAUCUUUUAAUAACUAGAAGUUGAAGAGCAGAAAUCUUUUACUCCAAAAAAAAACUAAAAGAAAAAAUGGGUGCUAACUACUCAGCUACUUUGCAUGAAUCUCAUAAUAUGCCAAUCACACCACAAUUCAAGAGGUUGCAUGAAUCUCAUAAUAUGCCAAUCACACCACAAUUCAAGAGGUUGCAUGAAGCUCAUAAUAUGCCAAUCACACCACAAUUCAAGAGGACUCAAGUCAUUGCUUUCCACACUUCAACAAAAUGGAAGCUGCAUUUUGAUUUUUUGAAAGAUACAAACAAAUUGGUUCUUAUUGACUUUACAGCUACAUGGUGUGGUCCUUGCAAAUACAUGGAAUCAGUUCUUAAUGACUUCGCUGCUAAAUAUACUGAUGUUGAGUUUGUCAAGAUUGAUGUUGAUGAAUUGGCUGACGUAGCUCAGGAGUAUGGGGUUCAAGCGAUGCCAACAUUCGUGCUGAUAAAAAAGGGGAAGGUUGUUGAUAAGAUUGUAGGAGCAGAUAAAGAUGGACUAAAGAUGAAAAUUGAGAAACACAGAGCUAUGUUCAUCUAAGAAAAUUAAACCAAAGUUUGCUGGAAGACAGAGGAUUAAUGAAUGACACUUCCUCUGUAGAAUAAAAAUUCAUGUUUUCAGCUUAUGUAAUUCAUCUCUAGUUCUUGCUCACUUAUUGUUGUAAACUUCACAUUAAAGAGGCUGAUUAAAGCUCUAAUGUUUCACAUUUAUUUGGUUUGAACAA